AUGGCAAAUCCAACAAAAGACAAUCUCUAUGGCUACGAUGCCAACCAAAUCCUCCCCAUUAUUGCUUCAGUAAUAAUAGGAAUAUCACUCAUAGGACAUUAUAUCCAGAACACUCGAUACAAGUUCUGGCGAGUUACCUUCUUCAUGUUUUACGCCGGCCUAUUCUUCUGCAUCGGAUGGGUAAUAAGAGCCAUCUCAGUACGAAAACCCGACAGUCUUCCCCUAUACAUGAUCUCGAGCAUCUUCAUCUACCUCGCUCCUCCGGUGUACUCAGCUGCCGAAUACAACACUCUUGGUCGUCUGAUGCACUAUCUACCGAUGCACUCCAUCAUCAACCCGAACCGAAUCGUAUACAUCUUUGUGUUUUUGGGUUCUCUUGUAGAGAUUUUCACUGCCAUUGGUGCCUCGUGGAUAGCAGCUGGUAAUGGUCGACAGGAUAAUGAUCGGCUGAAAUCUGGUGCGACCCUCAUGGCCAUCGCGGUUAUUCUCCAAGGGACAAUCGAGAUUGGCUUCAUUGCCAUGGUUGGCAUUCUUCACAGGCGAUGCUCCAGGGCCAACAUGUUGCCUUCAAACGUACGAACUCUGUUCAUCAUGCUCUACGGCACGUCGAUACUCAUCCUCAUUCGUUGUGUCUUCCGCGCCGUCGAGACGUUUGAGCUCAGAGACAUUCUCUCUAGCGGAGAAGACAACAGCAACGCACUCAUGAGGCGUGAAUGGCCUUUUUAUGUUCUGGAAGCCAUUCCUGUCGCUCUUUAUACGUACUGGCUCAAUAUCAUCCACCCGGGACGAUAUCUACCUCACGACCAACGUCAAUACCUCGACUUUGACGGCAAGACAGAACUUAUGGGACCUGGAUGGAUUCAUAAACGGCAUUGGGCCUUGUUCGUAUUAGACCCAUUCGAUUUCAUCGGAAUGCUGUCGAUGAAGAAGAGAGAUCCUUACUAUCUUCGCCCGAACGAGUGGCCUGAGACGGAGAACUGUUUUGCUCAGGGCAGAGGAUCCAACGUUAAGCCGGGAAAGUACAAGGCGCUUUCCAAGAAUGAAUCGAAUGAGUCGAGUGUCUGA